CCCUCCUCUCCUGCUUCCCCCGCGUCCACAGAGCAGAGAGGAGGCACGCGGAGCCCGCGAUCCCCGUCCGCGUGGCCCGUGACUCCGUCAGAGAGCUGCAUCUUUAAAACGGCAGCGGCAGGCGUCAGAGGAGCCCACAGCGGGCUGAGUCGGAACCGCGGCUCGCGGAGGACUCUACCUACUUGUGGAGGGGAGCGCUGAGCAUCAGCUGUUCCGCGCUGGACUCUCAUUGCUGGAAGUCGGGGCUGAAUCGGUCACAUGACAGAACUGGAGGCAGAGCGCUAGAGAAAAGCCACAGCAUUCGGGCUCGCACCGCCAUACUGUAUUUUGAGCCAUUUCACAUUUUUAUUGCAACAUUUUACUCCCGCUCGGUGAGUACAUUUCCACUGGCCUUUUUUUUCCUAAAGCAUUUUUGGUCUUUUGAAUUGCUCCCCCCUUUUUUUUGGUUAUUUUUCCUCCUUUUGCUGGUGUCUGAGUCGGGCUUUGACGUGGUGGUUUGGAGCGUUUUUCGCAUCAAGUUUUGAGCAUGCAGGCGGGUAAACGGUGCGUGAUCGGUCAGCAGACAGACAGCCAGUUUUGUUUUCAAGCAUCACGAGCCGAACGGGGUUGAUCGGUUUUCCCCAGACGUUGCUGGUUUUGGAACCUUUUGAUUUUUGGGGGUUUCUGUCGACUUUUGCAGUUGCUGUGCCUGGGUUUGCAUUUUGCAGUGUUGUUUGUGAUUUUGCUGUCUCGGGGGGAGUCCUUUGCUUUUACUUUGCUCCUCUUUUCUUUCUGAAAGGGAAACAUUUUUAAGACGUUUUAACCUGAUACUUUUCUUGCAGCUGAGCUCAAAGGUUUGUGUUUUUUCCUCCCUUUUUUUGUGUUUCUCUCAUUUUUCCGUUAUACUUUUACUGGUGUCAAGUUUUUGUUUUUUUUUUUCUUUUUGGAUGUUUUCAUUUUUCUGACUAGAUUGUGUGGACGAGGGGAGUUUUGAUUCUUGCGUUUUUGUUUUCUAUAUCAACGAGGAUGAACAGACACUUUCCCUCUUGCAGGAGGGCAACAGGAGGAGAAUGACUGGUAAGACCCAGACCAGCAACGUGACCAAUAAGAAUGACCCUCGCUCCAUCAAUUCCAGAGUCUUUAUCGGAAACCUCAACACAGCUAUCGUCAAGAAGACGGACAUAGAGGUCAUUUUCGCCAAGUAUGGCAAAAUAGUGGGCUGCUCGGUGCACAAGGGUUACGCCUUCGUUCAGUACAUAAACGAAAGGAACGCACGUGCCGCCGUGGCGGGAGAAAACGCCAGAAUCAUCGCUGGACAGCCUCUCGACAUAAACAUGGCGGGCGAGCCGAAGCCCUACAGGCCGAAGGCGGGCUCCAAACGGCCGCUCUCAGCUGUUUACAGUGGUUAUGAGUUUGAUUACGAUUACUACAGGGAUGAUUUUUACAGCAGGCUUUUUGACUACCACGGCAGAGUGGCCCCCCCACCCAGAGCUGUGAUCCCCCUGAAACGCUCCAGGGUGCUCGCUCCUUCCUCUCGCCGUGGGAAGACCUCCUUCCCGAUGAAGACCUCCUCCUCCUCCUCCUCUUCAUCCUCCAGACCUCCUACAUCAUCUUCCUCAUCGGGCGUCAAACUGAAGACGGACCAACUGCAGACCAUCAAGAGAGAGCUCACUCAGAUCAAGAUGAAGAUCGACUCCUUGCUGGGACGACUGGAGAAGAUCGAGAAGCAGCAGAGAGCUGAAUCUGAGGCUCAGAGGAAAUACGAGGACAACUGCGACUCCCUCCACGAGGAGUCCGUAUCAGAAACGGCGGAGAACUCCGGGGAGGAGGCCGGGGAGGGGGCGCUGGACGUGGAGGCGGGAGAAAUGACCGAUGGAGGCGAGGACGACUACGACGAGGAAGGCAGCCACCAUCUGAUAGAGAACCACGUGUCGGACAUUGACAACUGAGACGAGGCGGCGUGAAGAAGCAGACACUCCUGGUUGACAGUGUUAGAAUUCAUCAUCACUUUUGAGAGGCGGAGGAGAUCCGUGGGGGAUCAAGACACCCAUUCAGGACAGCGAGUUUUGAUCCCGACUCGCGCCCAGCGUGAUCUGCUCUGCGGAGAAAAUAGAUUCCAUUUCUACUGCAUCGGCCCAACUUCUCUUUAAGCAAAAGAAAAAUGGAUGAACGGAAGCUGAGUCGAGGGUGUUAUUUGUUGUGUAAAUGGGUAAAAAAAA